GGGUGAGGUGACGCCCGAUUAAAUCUUAAAUAAUUUGCUUUUAUUUCGUUAAUGCGUUGCAAUAUUAUAUCGUUUUCCCCAAAGACUAUCACUAUAAAACGUCUGCAAGGUAAAACAUCUUUUACUACAGUUAAUAUUACGAUUUACAAAGGUAAAAAUUCGUCACCGGGCGCGGGAGUAUCAAACUAAAAUAAUUACACGGUCUCACAUUAAUUCAACUUUUACAGUGUUUAAUGUUGGUCAGUUGAUAUAAGUAGUCUUCUAGCGUACUGGCAUUGCAACUCUGUCGUCUAGUGAAGCAAAAAUGGUGUCUACAAGAGGAGUACGUUACAAAUUCACUGAGGGUGAACGUGUUUUGUGUUAUGAACCAGAUCCCACAAAAGCUAAAGUCCUGUACGAUUCAAAGGUUUUAGAAGUGAUAGAAAGCAAGGACAAGCGGGGCAGGAGAUCAGUAGAAUAUCUAAUACAUUUUCAAGGCUGGAACUCUUCAUGGGAUCGAUGUGUGAGCGAAGAUUUUGUGUUAAAGGACACAGAAGAGAACCGGCAGCUACAACGAGACCUUGCUGAGAAGUCACAAUUGCAACUUGGCGCCUACCUGUACCGGCGCGAGCGCAAGAAGGGCAGCGGCGCGGGCCCGGCCAAGCGCGCGCGCCACGGGUUCAGCGACGACGGCUCCUCGUCCAGCACGCAGCCCGACGGUGAGCCUGCGACUAGCGACCAUAACAGUAGCCGAGGAAUGCCUACUAAUCACAUGCCUUCAGAUGGGUCGACGGGCGACACGGACUCGUCCACGGGCUCGGGCUGCAGCAGCCCGCACUCGCCGCCGCCGCACCAGGGCCGCGCGCACAUCACGCUACCCUCCGCGCUCAGAGAUCGUCUGACGUUCGACUACCACCUGGUAGUGAAACGCGGCCGCCUCUCUCGACUGCCCGCGGCGCCGAGCGCGGCGCAGGUGCUGGAGUCGUUCGUGAAGUGGUUCGCGCGCGCCGGCGCCUGGCACCCGCAACGCCCGCGUCACGAUCCGCCCAUGAAGCCCGACCUGCGCGACGUGUCAUGCAGAUUGAAUCUGGUUCGCGAGGUGGCGGACGGCCUGCGCGUAUAUUUCGACUUCGUGCUGCGCGCUCAGUUGCUGUACAAACAGGAGCGUCAGCAGUACCACGAGCUGUGCGGCCAGUUCCUGCAGGAGGACUCGGCCGAGGAGGAGGAGAUGAAGUCGGAGGUGGAGGAAGAGGAAGGCGCGGCGGAGGCGGCGGCGGCGGAGGAGGCGGAGGACAUCAAGAGCCCCAAGAUCCCCGAGUACUCGCACCUGCCGCCCGACCCCACCGAGCCCGACCCGCCCGCAGCCACAGAAGAGCAAUCGAACAACCACGAGGAGCCAGCGCCGGCGGCAACGGCAGCGGCGGGCAGUGAAGAGGCUGCCGCCAACGACGCGAGCAACAGCAAGGAGCCCGCCAAGAGCGAGCCCAGCGCCGACGAGGCCGACGGCAAGCGCCCCGCCACGCGCGGCAACCUCAACCGCCGGUUGCGGUCUCACAAGUCGGCCGUGUCGCAGUCGGAGAACGAUGAGCCCGCGCCCUGCACAUCCACGGGAGAGCAGCGCGCCUUCGAGACUCUCUCGUCCAGCGUGGGCAGCAGCGGCUCGUCGCUGAGCGAGUGCUGGGCGCGGCCGGCGCAGGCCGAGCCCGCCGCGCCGCCCACCAGGACGCCGCUGUCGCUGCUGCUCGAGAAGGUGGCCAAGUGGCAGAUCAUCCCUCGAGAGGGCACGGAGCAUCUCCCGUGCCGGGUCUACGGCGCCAUACAUCUGGCUAGACUAUUCGUGAAAUUACCGGACUUCUUAAAUGCGACCCAGAUGCCUGAUUUCAAAUUGAAACUCAUACUAAAGCAUAUUGAUAUGUUCGUCCAGUACUUAGACGAGCACAGUGAAUGGUUUGGAGAGAUGUACUAUAUAGCGGAUAACGUAUCGCGGUCGCAUUGAACAUAUUAUCUAUGCAGUUUCAUCAUAACAAAUACAUAGUUGCUACUUCUAAAUAGAUGAUACAUUGGUAGCUUACUUCAUGAAGUUAAGUUAUGCAAUUUCUUUACUUCAAACAGAUUCUUAAGUAUUAUGGUGGGUUACAAAUAGUGUUACCACUUUUUAAUUUGUACUUUUGAGGCACUGGUCCCACUGCGAGCUAGUAAGCUAUGAGCUAUCGGCUAUAAAAACGAACAAAAGAUAAGCACUCCCAUGUAAAUAAAAGAGACGCGGCGAUGUUUAUAGUUACUCGCCCAGCGGUGAAUUAUCAAUAUCGCCGUGUCUUUUUUAUUUGCACGGGAGUGCUUAUCUUUUGUUCGUUUUUAUAGCCGAUAGCUCAUGGCUUACUAGCUCACAGUAAGACCAGUGCCUUAGCUAAGAUAUAGUGUGGCAAAGUUAUGUGCAUUUUCUAUUCUAUAAGAGAAUUGAGAGAGAUUGUAAGAAAGAAAUUGUGCAAAGAAUUUUACAGCUGAUAAUUUGAGUAUUGUGACACAGAUCUGUAUUUGUUUGCAUAUGCUAAAUACCUAGACCUAGCAUUUUUUUGUGAUUGGUCAAGUACUUUAAAUAUAAA